AUGUCGGAAACACCAAAGUCAUACGACGCCGCCGACCUCAAAGUGAUGGAUCCUUCAAAGGAUCACUUCGAGGUCUCGGAGGAGCUGACAUGGACGCCCGAGGAGGAGAAGAAGCUGGUCAGAAAGAUCGACCUGUAUCUUCUGCCAACCAUCUGGCUCAUGUAUCUCCUGAGUUACAUGGAUCGCACAAACAUUGGAAACGCGAAGAUUGCCGGAAUGGCAGACGACCUCAAGCUGACCUCGAACGAAUACUCCAUCGCACUGGUCGUCUUCUUUGUGACCUACGUGGCGUUUGAGCCCGGUUCCAACAUGAUCCUUGUCCGAUGGAAGCCGUCCCUGUAUCUCCCAGCCAUCAUGGCCAUCUGGGGUGCAUUGACAUGCGUCAUGGCCGCGAUCAACCACUUCCACCAUCUCGUAGUGCUCCGCAUCUUUGUGGGUGUGUUCGAGGCUGGAUUCUCUCCGGGUAUCCUGCUUAUCAUCUCGUCCUGGUACAAGCGCGACGAGCAGUCGAAGCGCUUCGGUAUUUACAUGAGUGCAGCAAUCUUGUCCGGAUGCUUUGGCGGCUUGUUGGCAGGCGCCAUCACCGGUGGUAUGGAGGGCACCGGAGGUCUGCGCGGAUGGCGAUGGCUCUUCAUCGUCGAAGGCGUUGCUACCAUCAUCUGGGCUGGUGUCGCAUCCUUCAUCCUCCUCGACUUCCCAGCUACAAGCUCGCGCCUCACCGAACGUGAGCGUGCCAUCGCAGUUGCGCGUCUGCGGGAGGGUGGCGUCAAGUCCCGCGGAUUGGGCGAGGAACGCAUGGGCAAGGGGAAGUCUUUCAGACUCGCCAUCUGCGACUGGAGGACCAUUGGAUUCAUCUUUGGCUACAUGGUCAUUGUGGGCUCCAGCACCCUCAGCUACUUUUACCCAACCCUCGUCUCGGGUCUCGGCUACACCGAUCGCAUCCAAGCACAGUACAUGACCGCUCCCAUCUACGCCGUAGCCUUCAUCUGCACGGCCGUCACGACCUUCUUCGCCGAUCGAGUAUCGAAUCACCGCGGUCUGCUGAUCGCAUCGUGGCUAGCCUUUGCUCUCGUGACAGCCAUCUGCGUCUGCACCAUCUUCGACUUCACAGCGCGCUACGCUCUCCUCGUGCUCAUGGCCGCCGGCCUGUGGGCAAGUAACGCGCUAGCGCUCUCCUUCGCAUCCUCGACGUUUGGAGAUAUGGAACCGGAAGUCAGGGCGAUUGCGCUCGCGCUUGUGAACGCCAUGGGCAACCUUGCGCAGAUCUACGGAGCGUACCUUUUCCCUGCCGAGGACAAGCCAAAGUACCUCAUGGGGUUCGGUGUCAUUUCGGGAAUGCUGGGCUUUGGCAUGUGCGUGUACGUCUUCAUGCACGUGGCGGUGCGCAGGAAGGAGGGCAUGGGCUGGUUCUAG